GUUGUACUGGUCAAGUUUAAUUACUCUUAUCACUUAUUAAUUAUGCAGCACGUAUAAUUUGCGACAGCUCUAAGGGCUACCUUAAUAUAAUGAUGCCAGAUGAAGCCCACGAUUGUUAUGAAAAUACAAUGAAUAGGAUAGAGAUAAAUAUAUCUUGCAAUUUACAGGCGGCAUUCACAAUAUAUUAAUAAUAUUAUUGUGAAUAGAGAUAAAUCGGUUUUUAUUUCAUUUGGUCAUGCACUGGCCUGAAAUUCUCAAUGCUCACUUGAGGGACCAUUCCGCAGCUGCAUGCAGUAGAAUGCAGAUAUGACGUUUUUUCACAUAUUUCUCGUCAACCAGUCUUGUUGCAAAGUGAAAUUAUGAAAAUAUUUCUGGUGACGGUGGUGCGGUACUGAUGGAUCACCUUGUAUAAACAUGACUUAAGUCAAGGAAAUGUAUUUUUAUUUGCUAGUGCUUGCACCUCUGUAGAGAGGGAACCUGCUCAGUGAUUGACCUUAGAGAAUCGGCUUUGAUUUUGGUGUUAGACUUGAGAUGUGCGGAUAAUAUCAACAACGCGGCGUGCAGAAGCGUGUGUGUCUGUGUUUCAGUUGCGCUCCUGACUUCUUCGGAAUCAGCACUAUCAUAAAGUAAAAUUUAAGAAAUAUAUGCUCACGGAAUAGUCAGAAACCGGAGUAGCGUGCCAAAGUAAACGACACGGAAAAAAGAGCCCUGGAGCCCAUUCCACUGCAAGAUGAUAAAAUUGAGGGCUUGGGUUCUUCUAUUUUGCGUGCUAAUGGUUGCGACACAAGUCUUCACUACCGCCACUAAACAAAAGCGACCGCAUAUUGUCUACAUUUUAGCCGACGAUCUGGGUUGGAAUGAUGUAGGAUUCCAUGGAUCCAAUGCAAUUCAGACGCCGAAUAUCGACGCACUCGCCUAUUCUGGUAUCAUUCUACAAAACUUCUACGUAAAUCCUCUCUGCACGCCAUCCCGAGCUGCUCUCAUGACCGGAAAAUAUCCCAUCCGCACAGGUAUGCAACACUUCGUUCUGUACGGUGCUGAGCCUCGGGGGCUACCACUGAAAGAGAAGCUUCUUCCGGAGUACCUAAAAGAGCUUGGAUACACGAACCACAUGGUAGGCAAGUGGCAUUUGGGUCACUACAAGAAGAAGUAUACACCUCUCUACAGAGGAUUCCACUCUCAUCUGGGCUUUUGGACCGGCCGACAAGACUUUUAUGACCACACCGCUUGUGAAAAUGGCACAUGGGGUUUAGAUAUGCGGCGCGGGAUGGACGUGGCGUACGACUUGCACGGCGAGUACUCGACGGAUGUCUUCACUCGCAAGGCCACGUCGCUUAUCCGCGAUCACGACCCCUCGAAGCCCCUCUUCCUGUACAUGUCCCACGCGGCAAUGCACUCUGGCAACACAUACAGCCCUAUACCCGUCUCAGAGCAGUUGUCCGCCACUAUGUUCGCCCACAUUCAGGACUACCAUCGGAGGAGAUACGCUGUUGCACUUUAUAAAUUGGACCAGUCUGUAGGGUCGCUAGUUGAAGCAUUGAGCGAGAAGAAGAUGCUGGAGGACACCAUCAUCAUCUUUACGACGGAUAAUGGAGGUCCCGCAGCUGGAUUCAACAUAAACGCAGCGUCAAACUGGCCACUCAAAGGCGUCAAAAGUACCCUUUGGGAGGGUGGCGUGAGGGGAGCAGCUUUAGUGUGGAGCACAGCAUUUAAAAACCCAGGUAGAGUCUCAACUCAAUUGAUGGACAUCACAUACUGGCUGCCUACCCUUCUAUCGGCGGCAUCCAAUAAAAGCAUUGAUACUAGGAGCCAUAAACUCGAUGGACAUGAUGUCUGGGACUCACUAGUCAGCGAUAAGCCGUUCAGCAACACAACCAUUUUGCACAACAUUGAUCCCAUUGAUGGAAAUGCAGCUCUUCGUCACGGCAAAUGGAAAUAUGUAAACGGCACUGUGUUCAGAGGAAUUGGAGAUGCCUCAUUCGGUCCCUCAGAAAGGAGUUCGGAGAACGAUUACAAUGUGAGCUUGGUUCUGGAUAGUGUAACAAGCAGGAUGCUGAAGAAACUCAACCUAUCUACUUCGCCUGAACAGAUCCGGAAACUGAGGAGACAGGCUAUGGUGGUUUGCUUCGACCGGAAGGACCGUAAGUCUUGUGACCCGUUUCACGGACCAUGCCUCUUCAAUAUCGAGGAUGACCCAUGCGAGACCAACAAUGUAGCCAAAGAGCAUCCAGAGGUGUUAAAAGAUCUGCAAAACCGUUUGAGUGAAAUCAGCAAAACGGCUGAGCCUCCCGGAAAUUUACCAUUGUACGAGCGUGGGAAUCCAGAGCACUGGAGCUAUGUUUGGACCAAUUUUGGUGACCAUCUCAACCUUCCCGACGAUAUCAAACCCCAGGGAGAACCGCUCCUUCCGAUCACUGAGGCUGUCUUCGCCUGCACGAGAAACGGAGGAAAACUUUUUUAAACCCUAGGAUUAGAGUACCUUUAUAGACAGAGUAUGGCCAUUCGUAUCUUUUUACUACAGGAAAACUGUUCCGCUUUUUGAUUGGUCAACGAGUUUUUAGGCUUCAUGAUG